AGGUUAGGGCUGUGUUAUCGCGCUAUCCAGCUAGGUCAUUAGCUGGUUAGCUCUCUUCUCUUUUAACCCGAAUCCAACAGUUACAUGUGAGGAGGGGGCCAGGCGAGACUGUUUGCACAACUCGGCAUACACAGUUGUCACCAUGCUGGUCCCUAUAUUUACACUGAAGCUGAACCACAAGAUCAACCCUCGGAUGGUGACUGUUGGGAAAUUUGAUGGAGUCCACCCAUGCCUUACUGCAGCCACACAGGCCGGGAAGGUUUUUAUCCAUAAUCCUCAUGCUCGUGGUCAGAGACCCGUGGCCCACCGACUGAGCCAGAGCACACAAGACUCUGACAUCUCACUCCUUAACAUCAAUCAGGCAGUCACUUGUCUUACGGCAGGAACACUGGGACCAAACACCACAGGGGACACGCUGUUGGUGGGAUCCCAGACCAACCUGCUGGCCUAUGAUGUCCAUGACAAUGCUGAUAUAUUCUACAGAGAGGUGACAGAUGGAGCCAAUGCUAUUGUGUUGGGGAAACUCGGCGACAUUCCCAGUCCUCUUGCCAUCAUUGGAGGGAACUGCGCCUUACAAGGCUUUGACUAUGAGGGCAAUGACCACUUCUGGACAGUAACUGGUGAUAAUGUCAGAUCUCUGGUGCUGUGUGACUUCACUGGGGAUGGGAAAAAUGAGCUCCUGGUAGGAUCAGAGGACUUUGACAUCAGGGUAUUCAAAGAGGAUGAGCUUGUGUCUGAGAUGACUGAAAAUGAGACAGUGACAUCACUGUGCCACAUGUAUGGAAGUAGGUUUGGCUAUGCUCUGGCCAAUGGCACCGUGGGAGUUUAUGACCGCACCGCGCGCUACUGGAGGAUUAAGUCUAAGAAUCAUGCAAUGAGCAUCCAUGCCUUUGACCUGAAUGCUGAUGGGGUGGUGGAGCUGAUCACUGGCUGGUCCAAUGGAAAGAUUGACGCUCGUAGCGACCGCACAGGUGAGGUCAUUUUUAAAGACAACUUCUCCUCCUCUGUGGCCGGAGUGGUGGAGGGAGACUACAGAUUGGAUGGACAGAAACAACUUAUCUGCACCUCUAUAGAGGGAGAGGUUCGUGGUUACCUGCCUGCCAGUAAAGACCUCAAGGGGAAUCUCAUGGACUCCAGUGCUGAGCAGGACCUCAUCAGAGAGCUCAGCCAACGCAGACAGAAUCUGUUGCUGGAGCUACGCAAUUAUGAAGAGAAUGCCAAGGGUGUGUCAGAGACAAACAGUGGGGUGGGUGUCAUCCCAGCCAACACUCAGCUCCAGACAGCGUUGUCAGUGAGAGCUGCUACAGAGGCUCAGAAGGCUCAUGUAGAGCUCAGCAUUUCAACACCAAAUGAAACCAUCAUCCGUGCGGUGCUCAUCUUCGCAGAGGGGAUAUUUGAGGGGGAGAGCCAUGUCGUCCACCCCAGCGCCCAGAACCUGUCAGGCUGUGUCCGAGUCCCCAUUGUCCCACCCAAAGACAUACCAGUAGAUCUGCACAUCAAAGCCUUUGUAGGAGGAAAAACUAGCACCCAGUUCCACGUGUUUGAAAUCACUCGUCAGCUGCCUCGUUUCUCCAUGUAUGACAUCACUGUUGACUCCUCAGCUGCUCCGCCCACUGGAAGGGUCACAUUCAGUAUCAACGACCGACCACAGCGGGUGGUGAUGUGGCUGAAUCAGAACUUCUUGCUGCCUGAGGGAGUAGACAGUCCUGACAUCACUUUUAAUUCGCUGAGAGGAGGGGGACUGUUGUCCAUCGGUAUGGCCAGUAAUGGACAGAUCACUUUUAGAACCGAUGACAUCGACCUGGCAGGAGAUCUGGUCCAAUCACUGGCCUCCUUCCUGGCAAUAGAGGACUUGUCAGCAGAAGCAGAUUUCCCCGGCUACUUUGAGGAGCUACGCACUACACUCACUGAGGUGGAUGAGUUCCACUCUGUCCAUCAGAAGUUAACUGCAGCCAUGGCCGACCACUCCAACUACAUCAGAAACAUGCUGGUGCAAGCAGAGGAUGCUCGCCUUAUGGGUGACUUGACAACAAUGAAGAAGCGGUACAGAGAGCUGUACGAUCUAAACAGGGAUCUGAUCAACGAGUAUAAAAUCCGCUCUAACAACCACAAUGCACUACUGGGCCGCCUCAAGUCUGUCAACCAGGCCAUACAGCGGGCUGGUAGACUCCGAGUGGGUAAGCCCAAGAACCAAGUGAUCUCUGCCUGUCGAGAUGCCAUUAAAAGCAACAACGUCAACGCACUGUUCAGGAUCAUGAGAGCUGGCACUGCAUCCUCCUGAGGCUGGAAGGAGGGGGAAGGCAGGAAUGGACAAAGAGAUUGGAAGUACAAGCACAAAUGAUCAGUACUGUAAAGUUGAACUUUAUCUAAUGCCAGCAAGGAAGGUUCCCCAGAAUGAUGGGACGAGAACUACACACGGACAGGAAAAGGGACCCUGUUGUAGCCUUAAUCUUUUUCAAUGAUUUAGGAAUAAGCAGCAGCCUGGCAGCACCAUUUGACACCAGCUCCAUCAUACUUUCACUGUACGUAAAGCCUGAAAUUCUGCUAGCUCACAAAAAUAAAAUGCUGACCACAGGCUCAGUAAAAAUGUUAUCCAUCUCAGUUAAGCUCUGUGGCUGUUUGGAAGAGCUUGAUUUAGUGCAUUGACAGCUUAGCUAGAUAAUUGUCAGAAUCAGUGUAGCAGUUGGCAGGCAGCAGUGAAACAAGUGUUUAGAGAGUUCAGCUGGACAUAAAGUGGGAGUGGAACGCUUCCCCCAAACGAUUUCUCACAAGCAGUGGAACAAAGGUAGUCUGAGAACAAUGAUGCUUCAGAGAAAUUAAUUUUAAUUCAUUAAUCUGAACGGUUGAACAUAUCACUGCUGUCUGAAACUCAUCCAAAACAGAAAUGGGUCAGAUAUAUGCUCGCUUAUUCUCGCUGAUAGCAUCAGUAGUGAAGAGUUAAGAAAGAAACGUUAAGCCGAAAGUACUAGAGGUGUUUGCCUAAGAAAUGUUUAAACUUCAGAAAAGAAACUGUUUCCACGAAGACACUAAAAUGACUCUGUGCUGGAUCGGCGCCCCGCCUAUGUAAUUCAGCUGACACUGAUGUUUAGAGAGAGUACAGCUGGAGCAAGACUGAGAGCAGCUUCCUCUCAGAUGGAGAGUCGUGCCAUUUAAAUCACUGUUGGCCCUGAUAGCUGUGUGUGACGGCUCACUCAGAAUCACGUCUCUGCUCCCAGCUGCUGUAUGUGUUGUGUGUGUGCUGUUUGUAGCCAAAGAAAACUAUUUUAAAUCAAUGGAUGUCACAGGACCAACGCUGUGUGCUUAAACUUGUUUACCUUUUGUAGGUUAUACACUAAGAUUGUAAAUGUAAUUUUGUGUUUGUGGCAGAAAAUAUUAUGAAAUUAAAUUAUGUUUUAAAAGUU